GAUACGAACUUAAAAAAAGAGGAAUGUCUCUUCCUCUCACGAUAUAAUAAUCCAUCUUCCGCCAAAAUUUCAUCUUUGACGGCAUGGCAGCCCCGCAAGACGAUAAUCGGCUACAAUUUCUUGAAGAAUUCAGAAAGAAGUGUGCAAAAGGGCUAUAUCUAACCCGGAAGUUCCAAUCCCUGGCCGGUCUAAACAAGUGGGUCGAGACGGAAUAUUCCGAUCGCAAUACAGAUUUUUUAGGUGUCAGGAGAUCGACUACCUUGUGCUGCUCCAAUAACGAAACUGACAAGGAGGUUUAUAGAUCAAUGGGGAGAAAUGUAGUGGUUCUCUUUAAGGAUCAAUUCAAGCUUCCGGCAGAAAUUAAUAAGAAAUUUCAACCUGUGUUGGAAGGCACUCCUCCGGAAGUGAUAGAUGCUCAACUUCGAAAGUCUGAACAUGAUGUGUUGGAGAUUGUUAAUCAGGCACGGGACAAGGCUGAUAAAAUCAUAGGAGGACUGCGAAAAGAGGCUGAACAAAGCCUGCAACGCGAUAAGGCCCUUUUGCUUUUGUUGCUCAAUAGGGAGGACUAUUAUGAAAUGAUUGAUUGCUUUUUGCAUGAUGUAAGAACCUAUCGUGCAAGAGAAAUGAAGAAAAUACGCAAAAACCAAAAUCUUCAACGUUCAUCGGCUUUAAAGUUGCAAUAUAUUUCAAAAGGGUUGCCCCUCGAAGUGGUAAAUACGUAUUUCAUUGUAUGUAGUCGAUUAUCUAGCUUGGAGGAUGCAUUUGAUUCGUUAUUCGCCGCAACAUCAAGAAAUAUUCAAAAGCUACAAGAUAAUACUCGAAAGCUUUUGCUAGUUCAGUUGGCAGAAAAAGAUUAUGAGCUUCUUACCUUAAUCGUUAGAGCCGAACUUGAUCUCCGUGGCAAUGUAGAGAAUUUCCGUGAAGAUCGUGAAAACAAAGUGUAUAGUUUAGCAAAUUUUCUCAAAAAUCAUCCCGAAAGUGACAAGGCUAUCAAUACUUCUUUGAGUAGUUAUUUUCAGAAAAAGAUGGUGUCUGCUGAUAAAGAAAAAAGAAAGGUCAAUACAUUUCAUCAAAUCGUAAGAGAACAAGAUAAUAAUUGUCCAGGAAUGGACAUAGCUGAAAAAUAUGUUCUUCUUUUAACAAAGGAGCAUUGUGCGAAGGUGGAUGCAGUUCUACGUCAAAUAGCGUUGUUCGAAAAUGUCCUUCUAGGAGACUAUCUUGUGUGGAAGAAGUGGAAGGACACAGAGUCAAGUUUAAAAUUGCCGGAACUAACUUUCCCUGAUUUUAUUUUAGAGCCUUCAAUAUUGAUGCAACAAUUUAGGGAAUCCGUGCAGAUUGAAUAGCAUGUAGAGUUGGGGCUAGAAGAGGAACUAGAUCUCCACUGAUCAAAGAUUUUCAGCUGCAAGAUUAUUGGACUUUUGCCACAGUGGCUGUUUGACGGUUGUGAUUGUGCUCAUAUGAAAUGCAUGUUGGAAUAUCAUUAGGCUACAUAGUAAUGCACGACAUAAUGAGCCGUUAUAGGUGCACAUUGUCUUGCCAUAGCAUAACUUAUUUAAGUAUGCAAGAUUGGAAUUGUUGGAAACUUGUGUUCGACUUUUUUUUUUUUUUGGAAACACUGUUUUUCUACGAACCUAGAUGCUGUUAAUUUAUAAAAACUGCAAUCUUGAAUAGCAA